UCAAUUUUGAGAUGAGACUCUACAUGAAAUGUCAAAAGAAACGUCUGAAAUUUUUUAGAUCUUCUUUAUAAUCUUCCAAUACAACUGCAAUGAGUAAUUCAAAGAAACGGAAAAGCGAAACAGUCAUCGCUAAGAAACGAGACAUUCCCAAGGAAAAAACUUACAUUUCCAAGGAGGUAGAAACAUCGAUCACCAUACUGGAGAGUCCAGAGAUAAGUGUUAUUACAGAUGCCCUCCUAUUCCUCUCUAAGUAUGCCGAUUUGAAAGACGAGAAUCUGAUACAUCUCCAGAAGAAAGGAAUUCUCCCCAAGCUCCUGGCGUUGCUCAAGAAACCUAUACCGAUCAUCCGGCUUAGUUUGAGACUAGUCUCCAUUCUUCUUACCAAAAACGACGCUAUCUAUGAACUAGAUAACGAAAAAUUCGACAAUAUCCUCCUUGAAAUAAAUGACAUGUUCAUCAACAAUCCAGAUGCACCAACCAAAGAGUUUUGUGCGGGAAUCCUAGCCAAGAUGGCCAAAUCCACAAGAAUCGUGUUGUUGAUCUUCAAGAGCGACCUCUACACACCAAUCUUCUAUCUCAUAAGAUCCUCCACUAAUCCUGUCCUAUUAGCAAACGUACUAGAACUCUUGUACAACCUUCUUGAAGCGCCAACUGCAAUAUCCAUCCUAUCAACGGACAAAGCCUUCGACCCUUAUAUCCUCAUCGAGAGAAUGAAAGAGUAUGAUCCAGUGAUGACCAAAUGGAUACUCGAGAUCUUCAAGAAGCUUACUUACGUCAGUAUCGACCAAAUCAUGAAGCUGUUGCAAGAAUGUCAGUUGGUAGAAAAUUUAUUCAGGGUACUUCUGGAACCCUCAAGGGCUGUCUACUACCCUAUCACUUUUGAUAUAAUCACGAACUGUAUGCAGAACCCUAUCACAAGCAGUUAUUUCGUAGAAAGUUUGGAGUUUUUAGAGUUUUGCAAAUGGUCUAAGUACUGUUCAGGGGUCUACCUUUUACCAUGCGCUAUCAUCUUGGAAAAGAUCACGAAUAUCCCUUCUAUGAAACAGAUGCUCUUCGAUCUCUCGGUGGAAGAUUCCAUAUUAUACCUCUUAAGAAGCAAGGAUAAAAAAGUUUUAUCAAUAGCAUGUAGCGCCAUCUCGAACUUAACCACACAUCGAUACUGUUGCGACAAAAUGUUAACCCCAGUUGUUAUAAGAGAAGUAUUAAGACUGAUGGAACUUGUGGAUCACACCCCUACAAUGUACAACGAAGUUGCAGUAGAGACCAUGUAUAAUUUUUGCAAACGCAACAGCAGAACCAUGAACCUACUGGAGGCUUAUAGAGGCAUCGAGGUCAUCGUUAAAUACUUCCAUGCUGGAUUAGAUGUCGUACCUCCUAAAACCUACAAACAAAUUCUCGAAAUGGUUAUCUUGAUCAUAGCCUCGCCACCAAGGCAACAGAGCAUUCUAACCAAUGAAUUUUUUACUACCAUCAUCAAAGGUUUUCAGUUCGACCACGAGGAGACCAACCUAUUGUGCUUGGAGAUCAUGACUUUUUGCAUAAAUCAAAAGGCAUUCAGAGAUAACUUCAUCAGUAUGGGUGGUACAGAAAUGAUGAUCACCCUCCUGAAGUCUUCGAAAAGCAAGACGUUAUUCAAGAACAUACUGAUCUUCAUCCACAACAAUCUGGUGUACAAGAAGAUGGCUGAGAUGUUUCUCAAUCAGAACCUGGUUUUGGUGCUGAAGAGUUUUCCUAGGGAGAUAAAAGAGGAGGUUCCUUUAGUACUUAGAUGCUUGAAUCUGUUGUACUCUAUCUUUCUACCUCUGAAAUUCUUCGAGACAGGAAAGCUGGAAGUGUCAGACAGGUUUAAGACUAGGUUUUACCUGAUCAAUCAGCCUUGGGAUUUUCCGUUUCCAUGUUUGGAGGUUUUAGAGUCCCAGUAUAUGUGCACUAGGAAGACUAUAUACCUGGUGGACUACAGGGUUGAAAGAUUCGAUGAAAACAGUUCUUUGACCAGCUUGAGUAAACGUCAGAUGAAAAAUUGCAAGAGGCCCAGCAACCAAACAAACCAACAUAUGUCGAUUGGUUCGAAAGCGCAAAGUGAAUACGAUCCCUUCAAGUUAGCUUGCGAUCCUUAUCUCUUAGACUACAUUCUCUACAUGAGGAAACAUCUAUCUAAAGAUAUGAACGUCGAAGAUCAAGUGAAGAUCAUAGCGAUAUUCGUUGAUGCUCAACUGUGUGGACCUAGAAGGGACUAUUCGCAUCCACAGAAAUUGCAUAGUUUUAGGCUGCAUAUUGAAUCGUUGAAGAAGAAGUUGCUGAGCAACAUCAUACCGAUCGGAUUUCUCAAGGUGGGUUUUCACUGCGAGCGCUCGUUGCUGUUCAAGGCUCUUUGCGAUAAGGUGUGUAUUCCUUGUACUUUGGUUAGAGGCUCUGACUCCAUUUAUUGGAACGAGGUGCCUUUGAUAAGACCUGGAAGAAAAUGGGGUAGUUUGCAAUACUACGUAGUAGAUCUGAUGGAGCACAUAGGGGAGCUAUACCCAGUCUGUUCCAGGGAUGCCAACUGCUACUGCCACAUCAUCUAAUUUCGAAAAACUCCUUGACUUCUGUUUUGGGUUUGAGCAAUGAAGCCAAGAGAUUUUAAAGAACCUGUUUUCGGAUAACUGAAGCUGUGUCAGAUGGGAGAAUCAACUUUUUUUUCUUGAGAUGUAUCUGGCUUUAUUUUUCAAUACAAACCACGAAUAAAGUGACAAUCCAAAUAUUCAUAUACUGU